CUUCCAUUUACAAAUAAAUCUCUGCAAUUUCAGUUCUCCCCACUCUCCAUCAAUGGCCGCCGCCUUCUCUUCCUGCUUCCGCCCAUCCUCCGGCCGCCGCCGCCGACGCCACCAUCAUCCGCCGCCGCCAAUUUCCGGCUUCCCCAAUCUCACCACCUGCGUUUACCACACCGAUUUCGCCAUGUUUUCCCUCUCCUGGUCUCGGUCCCUCCUCUCCCGCUCCCUCCUCCUCCACUUCCAACAAAACCCUAAACCCUUCGAUUCGCCUCAUUCUUCUGAAUCUUCUUCAAUUUCCUUCCGCCUCCUCCUCAGACCCCUCAUUCUCUGGAAGAAUCACGGCUCCGAGAAGCUUUCUCCCACCGUCCACGUCUUCUGGGACCUCCGCCGCGCCAAUUUCUCUUCCUCGCCGGAGCCCCAUUCCGGAUUCUUCAUCGCCGUCGUCGUCGACGCCGAAAUUGUUCUCCUCCUCGGCGAUAUGAUCAAAGAAGCCCACGCGAGAACCAGAGCGACGACGAACCCCUCCGAGCUUCUCCCCCAAUCGCUCGUUCUCAAACGGGAGCACGUGAUCGCGCACAAAAUCUACACGACUAGGGCGCGAUUCGGGGGCCGAAUCCGCGAAAUCGAAAUCGAUUGCGGCCUGUUCAGCGACGAAUCGAGGCUCUCGUUCGGCGUGGACGGGGAGAGGAUUCUGGAAAUCAAGCGGCUGAAAUGGAAGUUCCGAGGGAACGAGAGGAUCGAAGUGGCCGGAGUUCCGGUCCAUAUCUACUGGGAUGUGUACAAUUGGGUUUUCGAAACUGGAAAAGAGAACAGAACGAAUGCGGUGUUCAUGUUCAGAUUCGAGGAGGAGGACGAAGAACAGAGCGAUUCUGUGGCGCGGCACCAGAAUUGGAACUUCGGGUUGAACGAAUUGGAGUGGAGGAGGAUGAGGAGUAGCUUGUCGUCGUCGUCGGCGUCGAUCUCGUCGGCGGGAUCGUCGGCGGGAGCGAGUAGUUCAAUCAUGGAGUGGGCAAAUACGGAGGAAACCGAUUCAAAUGCGGCUCCCAUGGGAUUUUCUCUACUGAUUUACGCUUGGAGAAGGUGAAAAAAACCAAACAAAGAUUUCUCUGAUAAAUCCCAAUUUUCUUCACAUUGUAGGUACAAAUUUCAACAUAUUUUUGCAUAACAGUAUCCAAAAAUUUUUAUCCA